UCGGGUGUAUGUAGGUGGGGGUGGGGAGGGCGAAGUGAGACAUUAAAAGACAGUGUGAGACUGUAGCCGGCACGGAACAGCCGGGGCGACAGGUGUCACCCGAGAAGACACGGCAGGCAGGUCUUGCUAGCGCACAUCGGCCUCAGGGCAGCAGGUUUUGCAAAGGAAGUGAACAGUUCUACUUCUAGAUUUUUUCCAGUUUUUUCUGUAAAUCAAAACAGUUCAAAAUGGAGGCCUAAAAUCCUAAAAAGGGACUUAGUCUAAUCUCCGGGAGGUAGUUUUGUGCAUGAAUUAAACAAAUUAAGUAGCUAACUAGAGUUUUUGGCAUCCAAAGAAUGUUAAUUUUAAAAAUAUCAUCUAGUUACAUAAAAUAUAACUGUAAAGUAAUAAUGAGUUCGAUUUUGAAUUUGAUUGUGGAGAAGUGAUUGUACCUGGGACGCAUUGUUGAAGCACUCUUCAAAACUGGUCAGGAAAUCUCCCACUGGCUGCUAUGUAGAAUAGAAAAAAAGUACCUUUGUUUGGUAAAAUUUAAAAAUGAAUAACAGCUAUCUAAAACAAAAAGUCAAUAUUGACCCUUUGCUAAAUUAGAGAAAUGUGCAAAUAAGACCUUUGACAUGUUAAAAGACUUCUACAAUGACAAAGAAAUGUCAAGAACAAAACUUUUUGAUAGGUACAACAAAUUUAGACAAAGUAGGAAAGAUGAACUUGAUGACUGGUGAAGAAAUUAACCAUUGAUAAGGCUAUUGGUAUUUUAAAAGUCUAAAAUGUAGUUAAAAUGAGCUAUCUCUGAGAAUGAUAAGAAUAAGAAUGAUGGCUGGUGGUUACAUUUUGGUAAACUGAACAAACUUAUUCAGAAAGAAAAUUUUACAGAGACAGUAAUUAACACCAAGAAGGUUUCGAUAAUAACGUGUAAACUUUUUGGCCAAUGAAAGGAAAACUGAAAUUAGACAUAAUAAUUUACUUUUGAGGGAAAUAAACACUAGUAUUGAAUAUUUCUCCCACCACCUGGAAACGAAGCAUUAAAGUCUGUAGUAGAAAAUUCCAAUAUUAAAAAAAUAUAUAUUUCCCAACAUCUGUGGGACCCAGGAAACCAUUUUGCAAAUCACUGCUAGAAAAACCAUGAUGACUCGUUUAUUGGUCAUUGCUGAUAUUAUUGAUGCAGAAUCUAUUUUUUAAUAGUCAUGGUUGAGAUCAUCUGAAUUUUGAGAACGCCACUGUUCAAAAAGAGUGGAUUGUGACGAAGUAAAUUUAUUUAUUUUUUGGUCUUGAUAAAUUUCAGUUCAAGCUAUGCUAUCUGUGAAAAAAAAAAAAAAAAAUUUCUGACCAAAGUCAAGUUUGUACAAUUUGGCUCUCUAUUUUGACCUACAAACUCAGCACUCUGAGUUUGUUUUUAAAAAUAAAUUCACUAUCAGAGUAGAAGAUUUGAUGUUGGCUCUACACAGCACAAAGUUUAGUUUAAAAGACCAUUGAGCAAAUACAUUAAUCUCUGAUUACUUAAAAUAGGUCUAAUUUACUGAGAUUUAAUAGUAUCACUAUUACUAAGUAACCAGGUUCCUAUCUAUGGGAAAUAAUUAUUAUUAAAUAAAUCUUAAAACUAACCCUUAAGAUGUAUCAGCCAAUUCUGUUACUAUUUAAGCUCUUUAUCGGGAAGAAAAUUUUAGAUUUUGUUCUAUUAUAAUGAUCGUAAGAAGAAAAAGUACUUAAUUUGAGCAAGAUUUGGGAUACACCAUAUUUCAUUGAAUCUAAAAUGCCAUCAAUUGUAAGACACACCAUUAUUUUAUGUACCUCUAAGAAAUAGAAAUGCUGCUAACUAAAAUAUGAUAUGCCAUUAAUUGAAAGAUAACCUCUCAAUCACAGAGAUAUUAAAACAUGCAUCUUAGAAGCAGUGAAAUAUGGUAACAAUUUCUUUUCCUUUUUUGAGGUAGGUCUUAUGCUUUUUUUUUUCCUGGCUACCAAAUUUCACAAUUUAAAUAAAGUGAAAUAAAUAUAGUUUGAAUAUUUUUUCUGUAGAGUACUUACAGAGUAUAAUUUUCCACCAUGAAAACAAGCCAGCUGUGUGAGUCAAACAUUUUAUCUUUAGGCUGGCCAAAUGUCACUUAAGCAUCCUAGUAGAGAAGUUUACCUACCUGUGGAAAUGUCUGACACUAAAUGGCAUUUUGAUGACCUAAAGCACUCUAUACUUUUAUGAAAGGUUUUAAUUUUCAUCACAAGGUUCUGUAGCAUCAUGUUUACAUUGUACAAAGAUUAUACAAAGGUGCUCUUGUGCAUAAUUGUCCCUUAAUAUGAUCAGUAUAGGAUAUAAAUCUCUCCAUACUAAAACCCUAACUGCAUUGGAGGAAAAAAACGGAAGGUUUCCCAUUCUAGGUGUUCAACCUAGUGCUAAAACUUUAAAAAAAAAAAAAAAAAAUCAAAAGCCAUGCACAAAACUACCUCCCCAGAGAAAGGCUAGUCCCUUUUCCUCCCCAUCCAUUUCUUUAUGAAUAUAGUAGAAAAUAGCGUAUUCUUGUCAAAUUUGAUGAAAAGUGCCAACAUGUUUGAAUUGAAAUAUGACCUUUCAUGUGAACUGUAUCGAAUGUCUACGUAUUCAUUUUUCCCCACUGGUGUUCCUGUCUCAGAGAGGAGUCUUGCUCGUGCUGGUUUUUAUUACACUGGUGUGAAUGACAAGGUCAAAUGCUUCUGUUGUGGCCUGAUGCUGGAUAACUGGAAACAAGGAGACAAUCCUAUUGAAAAGCAUAAAAAGUUGUAUCCUAGCUGCAGUUUUGUUCAGAAACUAAAUUCAGGUAGCAUUUCGGGAGCCACUUCUCAGUUUACUUUUCCUUCUUCAGUAACAAAUUCCACACAGUCAUUUCCGUCAAGUUUGGAAAACAGUGAAUAUUUCAGUGGCUCUUUUUCAAGCUUUCCGUCAAAUCCAGUAAACUUUGGAUCAAAUCCUGUAAACUCGAGACCGAAUCAAGAUUUUGCUGCCUUGAGGAGAAGUUCCUACGGUUAUGCAAUGAAUACUCUAAAUGCCAGAUUACUUACUUUCCAGAAGUGGCCAUUGACCUUUCUGUCGCCAAGAGACCUGGCAAAAGCAGGUUUUUACUACAUAGGACCCGGAGACAGAGUGGCUUGCUUUGCCUGUGGUGGAAAAUUGAGCAAUUGGGAACCAAAGGAUGAUGCUAUGUCAGAACACCUGAGACAUUUCCCAAAUUGUCCAUUUUUAGAAAAUCAGUUUCAAGACACUUCAUACACUGUUUCUAAUCUGAGCAUGCAGACCCAGGCAGCUCGUAUGAAAACAUUCUGUAAUUGGCCCUCUAGUGUUGCAGUUCAUCCUAAGCAGCUUGCAAGUGCAGGCUUUUAUUAUAUGGGUCACAAUGAUGAUGUAAAAUGCUUUUGCUGUGAUGGUGGACUGAGGUGUUGGGAAUACGGAGAUGACCCAUGGGUGGAACACGCCAAGUGGUUUCCAAGGUGUGAAUAUUUGAUACGAAUUAAAGGACAAGAGUUCAUCAGUCAAAUUCAAGCCAGUUACCCUCAUCUACUUGAACAGCUGUUAUCUACUUCAGACAAUCCAGAAGAUGGAAAUGCAGAGUCACCAAUUGUUCAUUAUGGACCUGGAGAAAACCAUUCAGAAGAUGCAGUCAUGAUGAAUACACCUGUGGUUAAAGCUGCUUUGGAUAUGGGCUUUAGCAGAAGGCUGGUAAAACAGACAGUUCAGAGUAAAAUCCUAACAACCGGAGAGAAUUACAAAACCGUCAGUGAUCUCGUAUUAGAUUUACUUAAUGCAGAAGAUGAAAUAAGAGAAGAGGAGAAAGAAAGGGCAACUGAGGAACAAGAAUCAGAUGAUCUAUCAUAUAUUCGAAAGAAUAGAAUGGCACUUUUUCAACAUUUGACUUGUGUGCUUCCAAUUCUGGAUAGUCUACUAACUGCCAGAGUAAUCAACAAACAAGAACAUGAUAUUAUUAAACAGAAAACACAGACAUCUUUGCAAGCAAGAGAAUUGAUUGAUAUCAUUAUAGUAAAAGGAAAUGAUGCAGCCACUGCAUUCAGAAAUUCUCUACAAGAAAUUGACCUCACAUUAUACAAGCAUUUAUUUGUGCAACGGGACAUAAAGUAUAUUCCCACAGAAAAUGUUUCAGAUUUACCAGUGGAAGAACAAUUGAGGAGACUACAAGAAGAAAGAACAUGUAAAGUGUGUAUGGACAAAGAAGUGUCCAUAGUGUUUAUUCCUUGUGGUCAUCUAGUAGUAUGCAAAGAUUGUGCCCCUUCUCUAAGAAAAUGUCCUAUUUGUAGAGGUACAAUCAAGGGUACAGUUCGUACAUUUCUUUCAUGAAGACAAUACAAAAUUUUAGAAUGGAUUAAAUGUACUGUAAUUUUAA